AUGAUGGAAAGGGGGCGGGGACCGCAUCUGUGCCUGUGCCGAGGCGCCGAGUGGGAACAGCCUGCACGCGUCCGCUGCCGCUCUGCCCCGGCGACGGCUGGCACAGUCACCAACCCGGAAUCGGACUUGGGGGGCGGGGGCGGUGAGAGAGGCGACAGCCGAGCCGGGACCUGGAGGCUGGGGUUCUGGGACGCGGCUCUCCGCCACUCCUCAGCCGCGCUGGAAAGAUCCGGGUACUGCCGGCAGGGGGCGGUGUGGUGCUGGAGGGGUGGGGUGGAGGCCCCUAGGUUUGGUCUUGUUGGAGACCGGAGGGGAGAGAGAGCAGCUUCGAGAAAGCGGGAGGGAAUUGAGGGAUUUGCCUCCCCGCCCCCUCCCCUAGGUGGCGGAGAGAUCGCGCUGGCUGGAAGGGCGCAGCCCCUCGCCCGGCGCUGGCUCUGCAGUCGGGCAGCCGGGAGAGCGGCCCCCGAGGCGGAGCCCCGCUCCUGCCCCCGGGUCCCGCUGCCCCCACCUGGAGGACAGAGGCGGGCGCCGUGCUGCCCUCCCUCCCGGCCCCGGCCGCGUGGCUUGCGGCUUAUUUUCCCAGCUGGCAAGCUUCGAGCUGCAGACAAGGGAAUGCCUGUGGUCCUGCGUGUUUCGGAGCUCGGGGGCCCCCUGAUCCCGCCAAGCCCCCUCCAGGAGCGGAAGGGUUAAGAAUGAUGUAAGGUAGAAGAGGAAA